AUGCCACAGCAGCCUGACUCUGCGACCCCCACCAGGCUGUGCAGUAUUAAUGAAUCGUUACUGGGGCAGAAACUCCGGAUUGCGGGACGAGUGCUUUCCUAUGACGUUCUGACUGGUCUUUUCGUUCUCUUGGACAAUGAUAAAGCUGUUAUGGUGGACGUUUCGAUGGCGCUUGACGACAAAUCGAAGCUGUGGGCGACUGAGCGGCUUAGCACGGUUAUCGUUCUUGGACACUUGGAAAGGACAGAGGUAAAAUUGACUUCGAUGACAGCCAAGACGGAGGAUGUUUGCUCAUGA